CGCAUGUGUUUGUCGACAGUGCUAUACAUCCAGCAUGGUUUAUUAUCGAGUUACGUUUAGUUGUAGAAAUUUCGAUUAUUCGGAUAAUUUAUUAAACAUUUAAAUAUAUUUAUGUUUUAAAUAAUUUUUUUUUUUCAAAGUAAAACAUGGGUGAAGUAAAAUUUAGUAAUUUGGAUAAUAUAAAAUCAGAACAAAAAUACAAUAAAGUCGUGAAACAUAUACAGGAUAAGUGGAAAUUAGUACCUGCUUUUCUCAAAGGAAAAGGUUUAGUCAAACAACACAUCGAUUCCUUCAAUUAUUUUAUAAAUGUUGAAAUAAAAAAGAUUGUCAAAACAAAUGAAAAGGUACUUAGUGAUGCUGAUCCUUUGUUUUAUGUAAAAUACUUGAACGUACAUGUUGGAUCUCCCGAUGUAGAGGAAGGUUUUAACGUAACUCGUUCUACUACUCCACAUGAAUGUAGAUUGCGAGAUUUAAACUACUCUGCACCAAUUACCGUAGACAUUGAAUAUAUCAGAGGUCAUCAACCUAUUAUUAGGAAUAAUUUGUUGAUUGGAAGAAUGCCGAUUAUGCUUCGGAGUUCAAAUUGUGUAUUAACUAACAAAUCUCAUUUUGAAUUGGCUAAAAUGAAUGAGUGUCCUCAUGAUCCUGGUGGUUAUUUCAUUAUUAAUGGUCAAGAGAAAGUUAUACUUAUCCAAGAGCAAAUGCUUAGAAAUAGAAUUAUUUUAGAAGAAGAUAGCAAAGGAUGCGUUGUAGCAUCUUGUAAUAGCUCUACGCAAGAAAGGAAAACAAAAACUAACAUAGUUGGUAAAGGUGGAAAGUAUUAUAUGAGACAUAAUAUUUUUCAAGAUGAUGUACCUGUUACAAUAAUAUUUAAAGCAAUGGGAAUAGUAUGUGAUCAAGAAAUCAUGCAACUUAUUGGUGCAGAAGAAGAAUUUAUGAAAAAAUUUGCACCUAGUUUAGAAGAAUGUCAUACGUUACAUGUUUUUGCUCAAAAUCAGGCUUUAAGGUAUUUAAGUAAUAAAAGGAAACAAAAAAGAUAUUCUAUGAUCAAAGCUAGCAUUACUGAUGAGAUCAAGGAUAUUUUAGCAACCAAUGUUCUAUCUCACGUUCCUGUCAACGAUUUCAAUUUUAAAUUAAAAGCUACUUAUCUGGCUUUAAUGGUAAGAAAAGUCAUGAAAGCACAAGGUGAUGGAAAACUUGUAGAUGAUAGGGAUUAUUAUGGUAACAAACGUUUAGAAUUGGCUGGUUCUCUUUUGUCUCUUAUGUUUGAAGAUUUAUUUAAAAGAUUUAAUCGUGAGUUAAAACAAAUUGCAGAUAAAAAUAUACCAAAAAUAAAAGCAGCACAAUUUGAUAUUGUAAAGCAUAUGAGACAAGAUCAAAUUACAAAUGGUUUAGCAUUUGCUAUAUCAUCUGGUAAUUGGACUAUUAAAAGAUUUAAAAUGGAACGCCAUGGAGUCACUCAAGUUUUGUCAAGGCUAUCAUAUAUUUCAGCUCUUGGCAUGAUGACACGUGUUAAUUCACAAUUCGAAAAAAGUAGGAAAGUAUCUGGUCCUAGAUCUUUGCAACCAUCCCAAUGGGGAAUGUUAUGUCCAAGUGACACACCUGAAGGAGAGAGCUGUGGAUUAGUUAAAAACUUAGCUCUUAUGACACAUAUUACUACAGAAGUUGAAGAAGAACCUAUUAUAAGAUUAGCAUUUAAUCUCGGCGUUGAAAAUGUCAACAUACUGGGUGGAGAAGAAAUUAAUAAUAAGGAUGUUUAUAUGGUCUUUCUAAAUGGAAACAUUUUAGGCAUUGUCAAAAAUUAUCCAAGACUUGUGCAUAUAUUCAGAUUAUUACGUAGAAAAGGUCUGGUGAAUGGUUUUGUUUCGAUAUUUACACAACAUCAACACAGCUGUAUUCAGAUUAGCUCUGAUGGAGGACGUUUAUGUAGACCUUAUAUAAUUGUAGAGAAAGGACAACCAUUAGUUCAAGAAGAACAUAUUAAAUUGUUGGAACAAGGUGUUAGAACUUUUGAAGAUUUUUUACAAGAUGGUUUAAUUGAAUAUUUGGAUGUAAAUGAAGAAAACGAUAGUUCUAUAGCAUUUAAUGAAGCACAUAUAAAUGUAAACACAACACAUUUAGAAAUUGAACCUUUUACAUUAUUAGGAGUUUGUGCUGGUUUAGUACCGUAUCCACAUCACAAUCAGAGUCCAAGAAACACUUACCAAUGUGCUAUGGGUAAACAAGCUAUGGGAACCAUUGGUUAUAAUCAGCGUAAUCGUAUCGAUACUCUUAUGUAUAAUUUAGUUUAUCCACAAGCACCAAUGGUGAAAUCACGUACAAUAGAACUCAUUAAUUUUGAUAAAUUACCUGCUGGCCAAAACGCAACAGUAGCAGUUAUGUCUUACAGUGGAUAUGACAUUGAGGAUGCUUUAAUUUUAAAUAAGGCUUCUAUUGAUAGAGGAUAUGGAAGAUGUUUGGUGUAUAGAAAUGCAAAAUGUACUUUGAAAAGAUAUGCUAAUCAAAGUUAUGAUAGGAUAAUGGGUCCAUUAAUCGAUACAACUACUAAAAAACCAGUAUGGAAACAUGAUAUAAUUGACAGUGAUGGCAUUGCUGCCCCAGGUGAAAUGGUAGAAAAUAAAAAAGUGAUGGUAAAUAAAUCUACACCAUCAUCCAGUAUUGGUCCGGUUAAUUCUGCCAAUGCCCAAGCACAAACAGAAUAUCGAGAUGUUCCCAUUUUAUUCAAAGGUCCAGUUCCUGCUUAUGUAGAAAAAGUUAUGAUAUCUAGUAAUGCAGAAGAUGCAUUUUUAAUAAAGUUAUUGUUAAGACAAACUCGAAGGCCUGAAAUAGGUGAUAAAUUUAGUAGUCGUCAUGGACAAAAAGGAGUAACUGGAUUAAUAGUGGAACAAGAAGAUAUGCCUUUUAAUGAUUAUGGUAUAUGUCCUGAUAUGAUUAUGAAUCCACAUGGUUUCCCAUCACGUAUGACUGUUGGAAAGUUAAUAGAAUUGCUUGCUGGUAAAGCUGGUGUUCUUCAAGGACAGUUUCAUUAUGGAACAGCAUUUGGUGGUUCCAAGGUUGAAGAUGUUUGUGAAGAACUCAAAAAACAUGGUUUCAAUUAUUUAGGAAAGGACAUUUUUUACUCUGGGACUACGGGUGAACCACUUCAAGCAUACAUUUAUUCUGGCCCUGUAUACUAUCAAAAACUUAAACAUAUGGUACAAGAUAAAAUGCAUGCUCGUGCCCGUGGACCUAGAGCAGUUCUUACACGCCAACCAACGGAAGGUCGUUCUAAAGAAGGUGGUUUACGUUUAGGUGAAAUGGAACGUGACUGUCUGAUCGGAUAUGGAGCUAGUAUGAUGUUAGUGGAAAGACUUAUGAUAUCAAGUGAUGCAUUUGACGUUGACGUUUGUAAUAAAUGUGGUCUAAUGGCAUACAGUGGAUGGUGCCAUAGUUGCCGCUCUAGUGGCUGUGUUUCAACCAUUUCCAUGCCAUACGCUUGUAAAUUACUGUUUCAAGAGUUACAAUCUAUGAAUAUUGUACCUCGUUUAACAUUAAAACAUUAUUGUGAUUGAAUAUAUUUAUGAUACAUGAUAAUUUCUGUAUAAGAAUUCACUUGUUCAUAUGAUCAUUGUAUAUAUAUUACAUUUCAUUAAUAAAAUUAAUAUAAUCAAAUUUAA